UAUACCAUAUUUAAUAUUUUUCAGACAAACAAAUUUUUAAUUCUGAAUGAAUUAAAAAAAUUUCCAACAAUGAUUUACAAUCAACAUUUAUCAGUAUUAAGUUUAAUUCUAUUAAAUUUUCAUUUUACACCGACAUUUGGUACACUUCAAAAUGAGAGUGAUUGUACAGAAAAUGAGGAACUGGACACUUGUGGAAAUCGUUGUGAGAGUACAUGUGAGGAUAUUUACGGAUUUCGACCAUGCCCAGAAAUUUGUGGACCACCGGCAUGUGUUUGCUCAGGAAAUUAUGUACGCCAUCCCAAUGGAGAAUGUGUUUUACCAGAAAAAUGUCCAAAAAAAUGUCCGGCAAACGAGUAUUUGAAAUUAUGUGGUCGAAUAUGUGAAGACUCUUGUGAAAAUUAUGGUAAAAUAAAACAUUGUCCACGACUUCAAUGUACCAAUUUUACUCAAAAUUGUUCUUGUAUCGAGGGCUAUGUUCGAAAUCAAAAAGGCGAUUGUGUGAAACCAGACGAAUGUCCAAAUUGUCGAAAAAAUGAAACUUAUACUGAAUGUGGAUCUUCUUGUCCAAAGACUUGUAAUCCUCGAUCUGAUGCUGAAUUUGUAUGUCCUGCAGUUUGUCUUGAGGGAUGUUUUUGCUCUAAUGGCUAUGUAACAUCCAAAAGUUCUAAUUCUUGUAUUUUACCUUCAGAUUGUCCCAAUUCUGAAAAAUGUUUCGAAAAUGAAACUUUCCUUGAUUGUGGCUCUUCUUGUCCUGACACUUGCGAUAAUUACAAAAAUCCAAAUAGAAUAUGUACUUUACAAUGUGUUCAAGGAUGCUUUUGUAAGACAGGAUUAGUUCUUAAUGCUGAUAGAAAAUGUGUAAGUCCUGAUCAAUGCCCACCUGUACAAACUUGCGGAGAACAUGAAGUCUAUAAGGAUUGUGGAACAGCAUGUCCAGACACUUGUAGUAAUUUAGGAACUAAACGUAAAUGCGUUGCGAAAUGUGUUAAAGGAUGUUUUUGUGAAGAUGGAUAUGUUCGAUCAGAUAGUAAAGGAUGUGUUCUUCCAACGCAAUGUCCAGUAAAUGAAACGUGUACAAAACCUUAUGAACAAUAUAAUCCUUGUGGGUCCAAAUAUCAAAGAAGUUGUUCGAACUUUUUUAAUUACAGUCGACCAGAAUGUGAUUGUCAAGAAAUGUGCGAGUGUGUUAGUGGUUAUGUUCGGGAUCUUAAUGGAUUUUGUGUCCAACCACAAGAGUGCCCAAACAUAUGUGGAACGAAUGAAAAAUUUGACUGUGGAUCAGCAUGUGAUACGGAAUGUAAAACUUUGGGUGAACCAUGCCCGAUAGUAAAUGUUAAAUGUAAUGAAAAAUGUUAUUGUGUUGAUGGUUAUGCAAGAAAUUGUAAAGGAGAAUGUGUACCAAUUAACGAAUGCACAUAAACAAUGUCCAUUUGCCCAUUUAAAACCAGCUAAAUCGAGAAAAAAACUUUAUUAUGGAAAAACUAAAAAGAAUGGAUUUAAGAGAAAUGCAUUUCGAGGAAAGGGAAUGAUCUAUUUCAAAAAUCACCAGCUUUUUUGAACCACUUUUCUACAGACAAUGUCAGGAUCUUUCUUAAAAAUAUAGGGUAUUGAUUGAUAUCAUAUUAAUAAACAAAUAUAAUAUAUAAUUCGAAAAAUCUCUUUUAAGUGAUAAGUAUAGUUUUUAUUCGCUACUUAAUGAAAUAAAAC